GUAUGAUUAAAUUCAGUUUUGUGUUUUAAAUUAAAUAAAUGUAAUAAAAUUCAAAACAAUUUAAGAGAGUUUUCAACUUAUUAAAUGUGUUAUUAAUGUUUAAAAAGUAGUUAUGUGUAUAGCAGUACAUACAUUCGCCUAAUUAGGUAUAUAAUUUAACAACGCGAUGAAGAAGUGUUUAAUGAAGUUAAAAAUAAGAAUAAUUAUUUAUUUACUCAUAGUGUUCAUUCUCUGUUAUAUUCUCUGUUAUAUUUUUUUUACGAUUACAAUGCACUUAAAUUUUGUAUUUUUAAUUGUGAUGUCAUAUUUUUGUUAAUUCAGAAAUUAUUAAUAAACCAUCUAGUUAAACAAUAGAAGCUUUUAAUAAACCAUCUAGUUAAACAUUAGAAGUUUGGUAUCUAUAAAUAUAUAAAAUAUGUUUGAUGGACUUCAAAUUUUGUUAAAAAGAAAACAAUCAUAAUUUUUGGAAAUAAUAAACAUUUAAAAAAUGAAAAUGAAAUGGUUUACACAAUACUUAUUUCUAUCAUUACUAAUAAAUUGGGUAGUGGCGGCCACCAGAAUGGUUCAAGAAAAUCUUGAUGAAAAAUUCAAGGACAUGAUGGAUGUUAUGACAGGAAUAGAAUAUUCUGUAGAUCAACAUACUAAUAUAACUCCAAAAUUUUUCAAAAUGUACAAAAGAAUAGUAGUGGAGGAUUUAAAGUGUAGCUAUGCUCAUAAUAGUUUAUAUUAUGUUUCUCUAACCAGGUAUAUAAUCGAAAAUGGAAAUGAAGAAAUAUUUAAUAGAGUGAAAAGUAUACCUGAAUAUUCAUUUACAGAUAUAGUUAAAUCGAUGAUGACGACAAUGAAAAAUUGUGAUUAUAUUAAUUCAAUGGAAAUUCUUUGGUGGGUUUACAUGUUCGUUGUGUAUUUUUAUGAGAUAAUUGUGAAUCCGCAAGUAAAGUAUGAUAAAAAGAUCAUAACAGAUACUUGUGAAACCGUUGUGAAAAGUCUUUCAGAAUUCGCAUAUAAUGACAUUUGCAACUGUAACACUGCUAAUAAAAGAAAUCGCAUCGAUAUCAUUUACUCGCAGAUACCAAAAUCUGUUGAUGACUGGAACGAUUUCCUGGAUAAUCGAACGAAUUUACUCCAAGAACAUUAUUCAGUUAUCAUAACCCAAUUUGAAAUGAAUUCAAAAUUUACAAGUGCAAUUAAUGGCAUGAACUCAUUUGAUUUUUCAAAAUUAAGUAUGAAUCAUGUGUUUCAUAAUGAUCAAGUAGUAAAAAGGUUAAUGAGGGAUUUUGGGGAGAUUAAUAACUGGGAAGUUACUUUACACCAUAUAAAACAAGAUUAUCAGCUUGUACAUAAUAUGCACGAACGGAUUGAACGACGAUUUGCAAUUCUUGGUCAAGUUCAAAGCAAAAUUAUAUGUCUAUUGAAAAUUAUUAUGCUUCAAAUACUUACGAAAUAUAUGUACUAUGUCAAUGAAUACGUUGAUUGUGAUAAUAACUUUAUCUGUACUUUAUUGAGUUGUAGUAUUAUAAGUUUUCCAAUUGUGAUGAAAGAAAUGAAUACAAUAAUUUCGACCAAACUUAAAGAUUUUAUUGAUAUUUUAGAUUUGCAUAAAGACCCUGAUUUUAAAAUAAUCCCUACACUAUUCGACGAUGCUGUUUCCAAAACUAAAGUUUUGGAUGCAAAUCAAAAUGUUACAGAUGCUAUCAACAAUAAUCUAAUUAUAUUGUCACGUGAACUAUACAAUUGUGAACUAUCUUAUUCUAAAGAUUUUAAUUUUGAAUACACGAAUAAUUCUAUAAAUAUUUCUAGUGAAAUAGCUGAAAGUCUUGGGGAAACAUUUGAUUUUAAAUCAAUUAAGCCGAUAUUUAAAGAUAGUAUAAUGAGAUCUACAGUAUUCAUUAGAUACAUAAAAAAACAUUUUUUAAUAUGCUUCAAAACAAUAAAUUCAUUCAUUCAAUUUACCAAAAUAGAAUUGAAAAAUUUUAUUUUAAAUGAAAAAUAGAUUAAGUGCUAAAUAAUAGUAUUAACCUAUUAUUUAUUGGAAAUCUAAAACUUAAUUACUUCAUAUGAAUCAUCAUAAUAGAAAAUUACUAUAUAACGUUUUCUAUCAACUUCUGUAUAAAAACAAAUUUAAUAUCAAUUGAUUAAUUUAAAUUGUUCAUUCAUAGUACUAUUGUUAUCAAUAUUUUUGGUAAAUCUUGAUUUUAAAACUAUUUUUUUAGUUAAGCAUAAUUUUUUAAGGCGUGAGUGGAAAUAUUAAUUAUAAAAUAAUUUAAUUUUAAAACAAAUAACACAAUAUGUGAACGAUAUAAAAUUACGCCAAGAACUGCGUUACCAUUGGUAUUUUAACAAGUUCAAUAAUUUAUCAAUCAUAAGUUACAAACAUGAUACAUAUAUAACAUUAGUAUAUAGCAAUACUAAAAUUAUUAUUUGUUUUUUAAACUAUUAUUGCCUUCUUUGACGUAAUGUGUUGUUUGCAGCCAGUACUAGUUGUUUAUAUUUAUCACAUACUAGAGUAUACAUUUAUUACAUACAAUAAAAAACUGAUAAAAUUUUCAUUUUCAAACCCCAAAUUAUAGGCUUACAUAAAAGUUAUAUUAUUAUUCAGAUAAGAUUUAUUUUUAAAUUAUAUUCAUUUUAUUGAAAACUAUUAUUAUGUAACAGUUUAGCAUGUAAGUUAUCCCUUUGCUCUUUAUGCUUAAGAUUUAUAUUUGCAGAAAAUGUAAUAAAUAUUUCAUUACAUUUAUAUUCAGAAAACAGAUGUACCUUAUUUCAUUCCCCUUCUCUGUUUUAUGCUUCAUCAAAGAUAAGAAAAUCAUCACAAAUAAUCAAGCUAUACUUAAUUUAAUAUUAAAGGAGUUGCCCAAUACAAAAUAAAAGGCAAUAUUUUUUAUUUACAUAAAAAGCAAAGAAGGAUUUUGUUAAAAAAAAUUGCAUUAAAUGGAAAAAUAUUUUCACAUAAAAUUAUUUAAAUUUUGAUUUAUACUAAGCAAUAUUAUGUAUUAUAGCAAUUGUACAUUGAG